GGCCUCCUAAUGAACCACAAAGCUGUGGGCUGGAGAAGGCCUCGUGGGUGCUAGCCCUCCUCCUGAGCUAAGCAGCCCCUAACAACCCACCAGUAGCUAAGCAGGAGCUCGGAUGAUGAUAGGAGUCACCAAGCGCCCCCUCUCAGCCCUGGGCUUGCUUUACCUCUUGGAGUUGACCCCUAGGGUCUUGGAGGACAGAGAAGGGGUGAAGGGGAUGGGCUUCUGGUUCAGUUUUCUGGUCAUCUUGAGCCUGAAAUGUGGUUAUCUCAGAAGACCUGAGUCCCUAGGGAACUGGUCACUGGUGACCCCUAGUGACCCCUAGUGACCUGGCUCCCCUAGUGACCCCCCAUCUGUGAGGACUCUGCCUGGGGUUUGGGUGCAGGGCACUGAGGUUAGGAGAGAUAGGAAAGGCAGGGACCCAAAGGAAAUUCAAAUGUUCCUACAUCUCUUAGUAAGUGGCCCAGAAGAUUUCCAAGGACCAGUGCGCUGUAUAUACAAAUAUCUUCCUUAAAACCCCUCAGUUGUACCUGUGGAACCUCCUCUGAUUUCAGGUUCCUGGACUCUAGGAAGCCCACCUGGGCUUUUGAGGGGCCAGAGAGAAAGGGUUAGAUGAAAACAAAGCUCUAAAGCAGACCUGAGGGAGAUCUGGUGGUGACAGCUGCUUCCCAGCCCUGCUGCUGUCCCAUCAUCCUCUGCACCCUGCCCAGCCUCAGCAGGUACUUCUCCCAUAUCCUGGAGAAAGGGAAUCCUUUCUGCUUUUUGGAGGCUUCAGAACUAAGUUACAGGCCAGCAUCCAGGAUGUGUGGAACAAGGAUGACGGCUGAUUUGUACACUUGGGCAAGUUCAGGCAGCAUGGCCCACUUCCAGGAAGGCCUGGAUUCUAUUUACUCUCGAUGGAAAACCCCAGCCCAGCAGUGCCUGGACUGGACUGGAGAAGGCAGACAGGCAUCAGGAUUAGGAUCAGGUACCGACAGACCAGGUCUGUUCAGUUGUUGGAGUCUCCUCUGCUGCCCCCUCUGGAAAUUGACAAAGGACUCCUAUGGAGCCCAGUCCUCAGCUGGGGGACAGGACUGCACCCACUCUCCCCUGAAGGCAGCCAGCACCUUCAGGGCUGAAGUCCUGGGAACACUGCAGAGAGGGAUUUCUUUGGCUUCCUGGAAGAAGCCCUGGGAGAAUUUUUAUGAAGUACCCGGAUUUCAGACACAGACGGCCAAACUGUGCAGUUCAAGGAGUGGGGCUGGGACCAGCUUCCUUUGUGGAGCCCUGGAGGAGCAGGGGCCCCAAAACUUGUGCCCCACCUAUACCCUGCCAAGCUCCAACACUGCCCCUGGCCACCUGUGUCUCCUCAAGCUGGAUGAUAAACCUCUAUGCUCCUGGAGGUGGAGCCAGCCCUCUGAGCAGGAUAAAACCCCAAUCAGAGGAGUCUGGUGUGGGCACAGCCUGGGAAUGGCCCUCUGGCUCCUCACUCUCUGCCAGCUCCAUGGCCAACCCUGUGGAUGCAUCGCCAACAGGCCAUGCCAGUGGGUUGGGUCCCCACCGGAGAAAGCGGACCACCUUCAGCAGAGGACAGCUGCUGGAGUUGGAGCGGGUGUUUGCAGCACGGCCCUACCCUGACAUUGGCACCCGUGAGCAUCUGGCCCAGGUCACCUGCCUUCCUGAGGCCAAGAUACAGGUGUGGUUCCAGAACCGGCGGGCCAAGAGAAUCAAGAACAGGAAGCCAGGAGGCCUAAACUCCAGGCCUGAGCCCCCCCAGAGACCCUGUUCUCUUUCAGAUGCCCUCCAGCAGUCUCAGGAGCCCCAAACACUAGGCCAGCUUCCACUCUCCAGCAGCACAGCUCAGUGCACCUCAGGGUGUCGACAUGCCUCCUGUCCGGCUCCUGGCUUGGGUCCAGGGCAGGGCUGGGUGGGGGCUAAAGCUGUAGCUCCUUGGGGACCAGCUGGGGCUUCAGGGGUCCAUCUUUCUUCAGAGCAAACUACUCCCCAGACCUCACUGGGCAGCCUGUCUGAACUCAUCUAUGCCUCGGCCAUUGUCACCAACCUGGACCACUCCUAAUCUAGGUCAGAACUUGCAAACCCCCACCUCUAGCUCCUGUAGCCCACCUGCCCCUUGAGCUGAAACACAUCACCCUCUUCUUUUACACAAGGGCAUUCUCUUAUGGGGAGAAAGUUUAGUUCAGGGAUCCCUCCCUUCCACUGUCCUCCAGGCCAGCCUAGAUGCGGGACCUAUGGAGUAAAUGGGACCUGGCUCCUGCUUCCCAGCACCCUGCACCUCCUGAGGCAUAUGCCCAUUGUCUUGGCAGGAGAGACCUUCAGAGGGAUGAGGUAUGGGGCCACAUUUUCCCCCUGUCCUGCCAGGCCCGGCCCCCAACUCUUCUCACCCAAGCAGAAGACACCUCCUCCCUCUAAAGGAAAAUGGGCAGGAAGCUGCCUCUCACCUUCAGGCCAGCACCUCACUGCUGUGAGCUAGGGGAGGAGAGUGUGCUGGUCCUAAUUCUAGACUGCAAGGGACCAACCCUUUCAUAGUCGAGGGUCUCUCCUGACCUCCUACCACCUGGACAAAUUAAUCAGAACCAUGAAUCUGAAGAAGAAGCGAUAUUAAAGUAAUAAAGUAGAAACAGGAGCUUGUAGUUUACAUUGAUUUAAUUUUCAUAAAGAUCAGAUCAGUUGCCCUCUGAUCUGGGGGUGUGGAGAGAACCUGACAGAUUCGAACAGGGUAGGGUGGUGUGUGCACGGCAGCGUUGGGUUUUGCUAUCACUGUCAUCUGUA